AAUCAAUGGAAACUUCCCAUUUACAUCUCAGCGUGUUCGUGGUGAUCAAGCAUGAAAGACAUUAUAAAUAGGACUCCAUUGUGACAUUCUUUGGUGUAUUCCUCCAUAGUUUUACCUCUAGUAGUGAAUGCUCAUGAAAAUACCAAUGAGUGCUACUUCUUUAACACUUGCUUUCCCUUGGUUUCUCUUUGCAGCAACUGUUUUUAGUCUUGGCCUCUGUCAUGGAAGCUUUAAUGCUGGCUGCAUUGAAAGUGAGAGAGAAGCUCUUUUACAAUUCAAGCAUGGCCUUAAAGAUCCUUCUAACCGGCUUUCUUCUUGGGAUCGUGAUGCGGAUUGCUGUGAAUGGCCUGGAGUCAUCUGUGAUAAUCUCACCAACCAUGUUCUUGAGCUCCAUCUUAGAACUCUUUCUGAGGAUGAGUAUUAUGCCUUUAAUGCCAGCGGUGACUAUGAUGAAUAUUGGGAGAGGUCGACAUUCAGAGGUAAGAUUAGUCAAUCUUUACUCAACUUGAAGCAUUUGAAGUAUCUAGACCUAAGCAACAAUAAUUUUGAAGGAAUUCAAAUUCCCAAAUUCCUUGGCUCUAUGAAGAGUUUAAGAUACCUUAACUUCUCCGGAGCAGAUUUUGGAGGAAUGAUUCCUCAUCAACUCGGAAAUCUUUCAAAUUUGCAAUAUCUAAAUCUCGAAGGUCAAGGUUAUUAUAUUUAUGUUGAGAAUUUAGAUUGGAUCUCUAGUCUCUCAUCAUUAGAAUUCCUUGACUUGAGUUCUGUGGAUCUUAGUAAAGCCUUGGAUUGGUUGGAUGCGAUGAACAAACUCCCCUCUUUGGUAGAGUUACACUUGUCAUACUGUUCACUAAAUCAUAAGGUUCCUUCCAACAUCAACUUUUCAUCACUUGCCAUCCUUGAUUUGUCGGGAAAUAGAUUUAGAGAAUUUUCUGUGUCCAGUUGGAUUUUUCACAUUCCAGCUUUGACUUCUCUUGAUCUUUCAUAUAAUAAUUUUUUUGGACCAAUCCCUGCUCAACUUCAAAAUAUAACUUCACUUAGAGAGCUUGAUUUGUCUUAUAAUCAUUUUAAUUCUUCCAUGGCCUUUUGGUUACAUGGUCUUCCCCAGCUUGAGCUUCUUCGCCUUUCCCAUAAUGAGUUGCUAGAUGGAAUUCCAAGUGCCAUUGGAAAUUUUACCUCCCUCAACAGUCUUGACUUGACAUCCUCCAAUUUUCAAGGAGCAAUUCCAAGUGCCAUUGGAAACUUGACUUCCCUCAACAACCUCGACUUGUCAGGCAACAAACUUGAAGGAGCAAUUCCAAGUGCCAUUGGAAACUUGACUUCCCUCAACAACCUUUACUUGUCAGGCAACAAACUUGAAGGAGCAAUUCCAAGUGCCAUUGGAAACUUGACUUCCCUCAACAACCUCGACUUGUCAUUCAAUGAACUUGAAGGAGGAAUUCCGGCAUCAUUCAAAAAUCUUUGCAAGUUGAGGUUUCUCGAUUUGGUCAGCAACAAUCUAAGCCAAGAGAUAAAUGAGGUAUUUGAAAUUCUCUCAGGUUGUGUUUCAAAUGGGAUAGAGGUGUUGUCUUUAUAUAAUUGUCAGUUAUCAGGUCAUUUAAAUAAUCUUCUUGGACAAUUCAAGAAUCUGGAUUCUCUCGAUCUUUCCCGUAAUUCGAUUGCUCACCAAAUUCCGCCCACUUUGGGUGUGUUGACUUCCUUGACGUCUCUACGCCUUUCCAAUAACAAACUGAAUGGAAGUCUCCCCAUAGGUUUUGGAGCCCUUGAAAAUUUAGUACAUGUAGAUAUUUCUUAUAAUUCAUUAGAGGGUGAAGUUUCUGAAAUUCACUUUGCAAACCUUACAAAUCUGAGAUAUUUUGAUGCCUCUCAUAACCAACUGAUUUUAAGAGUCAAUCCUCAUUGGAUUCCACCUUUUCAACUUGUUCAAAGCAUAUAUUUGAGAUCUUGGGAUGUUGGACCUCAACUUCCCAGAUGGCUCCGUUCACUAAAGCAUUUAGUCUUUCUAGACUUGUCAAACUCAAAAAUUUCAAGUACCCUUCCUGUUUGGUUCAGUGACUGGUCUUUAAGACUUUCUAAUCUUAAUUUAUCUCAUAACCAAUUGCAUGGCAAGAUUCCCUAUUUGUCCUCCACCAAUGAUUUGUAUUCCUUCAUCGACUUGAGUUCAAAUAAAUUCAAUGGUCCAUUGCCUAAUGUCUCUUCCAGUUGGAUAGAUCUUUCCGAUAAUUUACUCUCUGGAUCAUUAUUCACCUUUCUAUGUCAUAGAACGCAUGAUCUGAUCACUAAGCUGCUUAACUUUGGAAAAAAUCAUCUAUCCGGAGAGAUACCUGAUUGUUGGAUGAAUUGGAAAUCUUUAAGAAUUUUAAAAUUAAAUGACAACUAUUUCAGUGGAAAAAUUCCUAAUUCCAUAGGGAUGCUAAGUGGCCUCUGGUACUUAAAUCUUCGCAACAAUACUCUCUUUGGUGAAAUACCAUUGUCACUUGAACAUUGCAAAGAAUUGACAGUACUUCAAUUGGAUGAAAAUAGAUUGGGGGGAAAUAUUUCAACAUGGCUGGAGAAUCAAAAUUUUUCAUUUAUGGUUAUUCUCAAUCUUCGCGGGAACCAAUUUUAUGGUCACAUGCCUACAGAGCUUUGCCGCAUGACUUAUUUGCAAAUCUUGGAUCUUGCUAAUAACAACCUCAGCGGUACCAUACCAACAUGUAUCAAUAACUUUAUUGAAAUGGUAAAUGAAAGGCAUCAUGCUAUGGGAAAUCAAGGUCAAAUCGUCUUUUCUGCUGGUGGACCCUCACUUUUUUCUGAUAGUUCCUCAAUUAUGACAAAGGGGAAAAUGAUUGAAUAUUCCACCAAUCUUAAUUUGGUGAGAAGUAUAGACCUCUCAAAUAAUAAAUUAUCAGGAGCUAUUCCUGAAGAAAUAACAAGGCUUGAAGCAUUGUAUUCAUUAAAUUUGUCACAUAAUCUUUUGAGUGGAAGAAUUCCAGAGGAAAUAGGAAAUAUGAAAGCAUUAGAAUCUCUUGAUUUUUCUCAGAAUCAACUUUUUGGAGAAAUUCCUCCAAGUAUGUCAAGCUUGACAUUUUUGAGUAAAUUGAAUUUAUCCAACAACAAGUUAUCAGGAAUAAUACCUUCAGGCACUCAAUUGCAAGGCUUUGAUCCAUCUACUUUCAGCGGCAACAAACUUUGUGGGCUCCCACUCAGCAAGAACUGCAAUGUUGAUGGUGAUAUGCCUCCUAUUGGGAUAGAAAGAGGAGAAGAUGACAAAGGGUCUGAAUCAUUUGCUUGGUUCUAUUUCUAUGUGAGCAUUGCACCAGGAUUUGUGGUGGGAUUUUGGGCAGUGAUGGGUCCUUUAGUGUUUAAUAGAAGAUGGAGGCAUUUAUAUUUCAAUUUUCUAGAUAAUUUGUGGGACAAAUUUAUGGUGUGGUAUUAUGUAAAUGUUGCUAGAUUUGUGAAAGGUCAUGGUUUAUAGAGUUUUGUCCAAAACAAAUAUAUGUGGGGAUGGGCUAUGCACGUCUACAUAACUAGGUGUGAGUUUAGCUUUAUGUUUGUUGUGACAAUGUUUUUGUAUGGUUAUGCAAUUACUCUGUAAUUUUGAAUUGAGUUUAAUAAAAAAUGAAAAGUCCCACUGUUGUGAGGACUUUGUGUGUGGUUUUGUGAUUGUCGUGUAGAUUUAAAUGAAAAUAAUUAACUAAGAAAAAAAAUUGACUACUAACGAUAAAAACUAUUUACCUCGUCAAUUAUAUAUACAAAAAUAUACAAAUAUUGUAAAUUACUAGCAUGGCAACUUCAAAUUCUGUAAGACUAAGGAGAUUGAGCUAUUUACCUUGUCAAUUAUACUUGCUGCUGAUAUCAUAAGAAAUGAAACUCUUUCUGAAAUUCUCCAUUCCUUGUGGACAUGAAGAAUUGAGUUUAACAUGCCAACCUUGUUUCCAGCAUGAUAUAGUUGUUUUGUUGUGUGAGAGACAAGAACUUAGGGCCUUCAUGCUGAGUGAGAGACACAAGGAUUUACCAAGUUUCAGAGUUAUUACCAAGAAAAUUUCUAACAUGUGAACUUGUGAAGGCUUGCUCUAACCUUCCUCCAUUGAAAUAAGGUUGAGAAGUGUCAUCAAUUUCUCCACAACAUCUUCCACCAAGUUGCUGAAUUUAUUGGUUGUUUGCUUUUGUAAUGAAGAAUUUUGUAACAAAUCGGUUAAAUUUAUUCAGUUUAUUAGAGAUCUAAAAGUUCUAUAGCAUGUAACGGGUUUCUUUGGCACCUCUUCCUGUGAAGACUAUUCUUAUACUUGAUAAAUAGCCUUUCAAUAUCAUGUAAAUAUUUCAUCAUUUUUUUAAUUUAAGAUAUGCUUGAGAA